UAGCCUUUAUUUCCAAACGGGCGCUUUGGGGCGGAGAUGAGCAGUGCUGCAGAAAUAGCUGAUCAUCAACAAACCCAGUGAUGCCCAGUGCAGAGGACUGAUAUGGCAGUUUUCCUCGGAGGACUGUGAGUCGAUCUGCAGAAGAAUGUGGGGAACCGAUGUCACAUUCGUUCUCAAUCACAGAUGAAGCCCUGAAGUCUUUCCAUUACCACUGUUUGAACUAUUCGCUGUAAUCGCUCUGAGUUCACAUAUGGUGCCCACGUGCCACUGGCCUGUAAAUAAAGGGAGAACCUUUUUGGAAUAAAGUCCCAUUUUUGCACAUUGCUGUUACUAAUUACUGCGUCUGGUUGCCUUUUUUUAUGCAAGUUCUGGUCUAUAACUGGUUUGAUCUUAAGGAAACAUGGAGGCCAAUAUGGAACAUAUUGUGGGACAGGUGAUGCAGAAAGACUUGGGACGGCGACUCCAAGUCGGACAGGAGAUCAUAGACUACAUUCUGGACCGGCAGAAGUCACAUGACCUGGAGCACGAUCAGACCAUGCUCGACAGGAUGGUCGAUGGCCUGGCCACUUCAUGGGUCAACUCAAGCAACUUCAAGGUGGCUCUACUGGGAAUGGACAUUGUGUCUGCUUUAGUGACCAGAUUACAAAAUCGAUUUAAACCCCAAAUUGGUACAGUCCUGCCCAGUUUAACAGACCGUUUAGGCGACGCCAAAGACCAAGUAAGAGACCAAGCCCAGGCUCUGCUGUUAAAAAUAAUGGAUCAAGCUGCCAAUCCACAGUACGUAUGGGACAAAAUGUUGGGAGGAUUCAAACACAAGAACAACAGGAGCAGAGAGGCUGUCUGUUUUUGCCUUAUUUCCACACUAAAUAUAUAUGGAGCCCAGGGUUUAACUCUGAGCAAGAUUGUACCUCACAUAUGUAGUCUAUUAGGAGACCCUGCAAGUCAGGUUCGAGAUGGGGCGAUGAACUGUCUUGUGGAGAUUUACAGACAUGUUGGAGAGAGAGUGCGAAUGGAUCUUGGGAAAAAAGGCUUGCCACAAUCACGGUUGAAUGUCAUUUUUAGUAAAUUCGACGAAGUACAGCGAUCAGGGAACAUGGUGCUGUCUGCAGAUAAGAACAUAGAUGAUGAUGACUCUGUGGACGGAGGCCGUUCCUCUGCCUCCUCUAAAGGAGCAGCAUCUGUCCGCCGGACUGGAUCCAUGCGCAGACCGAGCUCCGCCUCCAGCACAAAGAGCACAGGAAAAGAGGUGUCAGGUGCUGGUGCUGUGGAUGAAGAAGACUUUAUCCGGGCCUUUGAGGAUGUGCCCACCAUCCAGAUUUACUCCAGCAGAGAGCUCGAGGAGUCCAUGAAUAAAAUCAGAGAGGUCCUCUCAGAUGAAAAACAAGACUGGGAGCACAGAGUGGCGGCGCUGAAGAAGGUGCGUUCGCUGUUGCUCGCCGGAGCCACUGAUCAUGAAGCGUUCUUCCAACAAGUGCGGCAGCUGGAAGGAGCGUUCAAGCUCUCCGCUAAAGACCUACGCUCUCAGGUUGUCCGUGAGGCCUGCAUCACACUGGGGCAUCUGUCAUCUGUGCUUCGUAACAAGUUUGACCAUGGAGCCGAGUCCAUCAUGCCCACGUUACUCAAUCUCGUCCCCAACAGUGCUAAAGUGAUGGCCACAUCCGGCGUAGCAGCCAUCCGCCUUAUUAUACGACACACACACUAUCCCCGGCUUAUUCCCAUCAUCACCAGUAACUGCACAUCCAAAUCCGUGGCUGUCCGGCGGCGCUGUUAUGAGUUUUUAGACCUUUUACUCCAGGAGUGGCAGACGAGCUGUCUAGACAGACAUGUAGCUGUUCUGAUGGAGACCAUUAAGAAAGGAGUCCAUGAUGCAGAUUCAGAAGCCAGAUCUGUUGCCAGGAAGUGUUAUUGGGGAUUCCACGGCCACUUCAGUAAGGAGGCGGAGCAACUGUUUCAGGCCCUCGAGCUGACCUAUCAGAAGGCUCUGCAGUCGCAUCUGAAGAGCUCGGACAGUGUAAUGUCUCUCCCCCAAUCCGAUCGCUCCUCCUCGAGCUCUCAAGAGAGCCUCAGUCGCCCGCAGUCUGCUAAAGCACCUGUCGGAAGCAGCGUAACCAGAAAUAAAGCGGUGAGCUCUAGAGUGUCCUCCACACCUGGCUCACUGCAGAGAUCACGCAGUGAUGUCGAUGUCAACGCCGCCGCUAACGCCAAGUCCCGAAUGCCCAAAGUACCUGCUGCUGCUCCUUUCAGCUCAGCCGGUGCACUGCCACCUGGCUCCUAUGCCUCGCUAGGUCGUGUGCGCACACGGAGACAGAGUUCAGGCAGCAGCGUUGGAGGCGGUGCCUCUGUUACAGACAGUAGGGGGCGGAGCCGAGCGAAAGUGGUGUCGCAAUCACAACCUGGGAGUCGUUCCAGUUCUCCCGGGAAGCUUAUUGGUCAGUCUUAUGGCAAAAUGUCCUCUGUGACCCCAGCAGAGAAGCGCAGUAGGAUCCCACGCAGUCAGGGCUGCAGCCGAGAGAGCAGCCCCGGUCGCUCAGGCCAGGUGCGGGGUAGUCGCAUCCCACGGCCCAGUAUGAGUCAGGGUUGCAGUCGUGAGACAAGCAGGGAGAGCAGCAGAGACACAAGUCCUGCACGGGGUUUUACUCCCCUUGAUCGUUUUGGGCUGAUCCAUCAGGCGCGGAUCUCUGCCUCGGUCAACGCCAUGCGCAUCCUGAACACAGGCAUGGAGGUGGAGGCAGCGGUAGCUGAUGCUCUGCUAUUAGGAGACACCAGGAAUAAGCGGAGGCCCAUGCGGCGUUGGUACGAGUCUCCUGGCAUGUACUCGGACGAUGACGCCAACAGCGAUGCCUCCAGCGCGUGUUCAGAGCUUUCCUAUAGCUCACGUAACGGAGGAGUGCCGCAUUACAUGCGUCAGACGGAGGACGUAGCCGAGAUCCUAAACCACUGCGCCAGUUCCAACUGGUCUGAGAGGAAAGAAGGUCUGCUGGGUCUCCAGAACCUUCUGAAGAGCCAAAGAACCCUCAGCCGUGUGGAACUCAAGAGGCUGUGUGAGAUUUUCACCAGGAUGUUCGCCGACCCUCACAGCAAGAGAGUGUUCAGCAUGUUCCUGGAAACGCUAGUGGACUUCAUCGUGCUGCACAGGGAGGAUUUGCAGGACUGGCUCUUUGUGCUCCUCACGCAGCUGUUAAAGAAGAUGGGCGCUGAUCUGCUGGGCUCAGUGCAGGCUAAAGUGCAGAAAGCUCUCGACGUCACGAGGGAUUCUUUCCCCUACGAUCAGCAGUUCAACAUCUUAAUGCGCUUCAUUGUCGAUCAGACACAAACUCCAAACCUCAAGGUGAAGGUGGCCAUUCUGAAAUAUAUCGAGUCUCUGGCCAGGCAAAUGGAUCCGACUGAUUUUGUGAACUCCAGUGAGACACGACUGGCCGUCUCCCGCAUCAUCACCUGGACGACAGAACCCAAGAGCUCAGAUGUCAGAAAGGCUGCUCAGAUGGUGUUGAUCUCCCUGUUCGAGCUGAACACCCCAGAGUUCACGAUGCUCCUCGGAGCACUGCCGAAAACCUUCCAGGACGGAGCCACCAAACUCCUGCAUAAUCACCUGAAGAACUCCAGCAAUGCUGCCGCCACGAGCUCGCCGAGCAACACGGUAGGCCGCACACCUCCAAGACUCUCUGGUUCCCGCACCAGUCCCCUGACAUCUCCUACAAACUGCUCUCAUGGAGGCCUCUCACCCAGUCGUAUAUGGGGCUGGAGUUCGAACGGUCUCUCAAAGGCCCCGUGUCCCUUCACUCCCCCUCCCUCUGGCCCUGGCACCCCCCCUCUCCGACCUGGGCGCCGGGCCCCCUCGCCCAGCAUGCUGGAAUACGACACAGAGAACAUGAACUCCGAGGAGAUCUACAGCUCUCUGAGAGGAGUCACUGAAGCCAUUCAGAGCUUCAGCUUCCGCAGCCAGGAGGACAGCUACGAGCCAAUCAAACGCGACCUCAAGAAAGACGACGCUAGCGCCGUAGCGUCCUGUGCUGCAGAACCCCGCCCCGGUACAGAUGUGAUGGAGGGGGGCCGAACGGCUUUAGACAACAAGACCUCGUUACUGAACACACCGUCCCCUCGGUCUUUCCUGGGGCCGAGGACACGCGAGUACAAUCCCUACAACUACACCGACUCCAUCAGCAGUUACGAUAAAGCCGCUCUGAAGGAGGCAGUAUUCGAUGAUGACGUCGAACAGCUCCGUGAUGGUCGUCGUCAAGACUUUGUUGAAAACAAAAUCAUGGCUCCCAAAAGUUAUUCUGCAGGCCCUGCGCAUCACUUGGAGCUGGUUGGUGACCUCCUGAAGGAGCUGUCCAAUCACAGCGAGCGUGUGGAGGAGAGGCGGGCCGCCCUGCUGGAGCUGUUGAAGGUGACCCGUGACGACAGCGUAGCCGUUUGGGAGGAGCAUUUUAAAACCAUGUUGCUGCUGCUCCUGGAGACACUGGGGGACAAGGAUCACACCAUCCGGGCACUGGCUCUGCGUGUUCUGAAAGAGAUCCUGCGAAGUCAACCUGCACGUUUCAGGAACUAUGCAGAACUGACCAUCAUGAAAACACUGGAGGCGCACAAAGACUCCCACAAAGAGGUGGUGCGUGCUGCAGAGGAGGCCGCAUCCACCCUGGCUUCCUCCAUCCACCCGGAGCAGUGCAUUAAGGUCCUGUGCCCCAUUGUACAGACCGCGGACUACCCCAUCGACCUGGCUGCCAUUAAAAUGCAGACCAAGGUCAUCGAGCGCAUUCCAGAGGAGUCCCUUUACCAGCUGCUGCCUGACAUCAUCCCUGGUCUACUACAGGGUUAUGAUAACACUGAGAGCAGCGUGCGGAAAGCCAGUGUCUUCUGCCUCGUGGCAAUUUAUUCUGUGAUCGGAGAAGGGUUGAAGCCUCAUCUUGCUCAGCUUACAGGCAGCAAGAUGAAACUGCUGAACCUCUACAUCAAGCGAGCCCAAACUACCAACAGCAACAGCAGCAGCUCGUCUGACAUCUCCUCCCACAGCUAAACCGACCAAUCACAUUCUGAACCAAUCAUAACCUCACGCCCAGCCCAUCCAGUUUUACUGAAACGACUCGGUUUCUUCAGAACAACCCAACCCCCAGUCUGAGGUCUUCUUUUAACGAAAGGACAAAGGUUUUUAUUUGAAUCCUUCACUAGACCCAAAAUGGCAGUGUAAUUGUAUAACAAGACCUGUAUUUAGAAAUGUGACUUGUUGCUUCUUCGGUUUUGGGUCCACGUUCGAGUGUGUGAUGCCGAAAUGGGUCGCUUGUAUUACCGUCCUCUUGAAUGUGUGUGUAAUGUUUCAGACAUUAACCAGAGCAGUUGUGCCUCAAUCCAGUGGACCUGUUUGUCUGUAUUCUCUUAUAGGGCAAUAUUUCUAUUGAAGGAGUACUCUUUUACUUUUUUUUUGUUUUUUUUUAAUCUCUCGUUACCACUUCUGCAGAGUAUGUGUAGUGGACAACAAUUUAGAAAGUUGACUGAAAAAAGAACAGACAACCUGUUCAUAUACUGUAUGUAUUACUCGCUUAAAAUGAAAGUUUUGGGGGCAGUUCAGCCUUUCAGAAACAGAACUAGUUUUUGUGAGGGAAGGAUCUGUUGGUAUGUGAUGUAGUCACUGUAACUCUAGGGAAACAUUGAAGUGCCCCAGUUUUGUCCUGAUGGCACAAAAAUCUAUUAGACUGGUACCAAAAUCCAGAAUUGUGCCACCCAAAGGCAUUUUUGAGACAAAGU